ACCGAGACGGAAACCGCCACCCAACCCAACCCAACACACCGGCGUCCGCACCCGACUCGGCGAUCCCCCAACCCAGCCACCACCCUUUAUAGCCGCGCGGUGCGGCGCGUCCCCGGGCACGCACGCCCACACGGCAAAAGCUCCCGCACCAAAAAGAGAAAAAAAAACACGCAAAAGCGCAUCGCCUUUCUCGUGCUCCGCCGCCGGCGAGAUGUGCUGCUGCCCGAGCAAGGCGUGCUGCAUCUGCACGCUCAUCGUGCUGGUGCUGGUCGCCGUCGGCAUCGUCUUCGGCUUCGGCGUCUACACCCGCGGCUUCCACAAGCUCACCAGCAGCAUCCACGACGCCUCCUCCACCGCCGCCGGCUCCCUCCGCGCCCACCAAUUCUUCGCGCCGCCGCCGCCGUACUAGCUAGCUAGCCCCUCCUCCUCUUCUCUUCUCUCCCUCCCGAGAUCUAUCCAUGGGGGAUAGUAGGGGAGACCGGGAGUAGUAGUAGUACUAAUCGUUUGUAAAGAAGAAUUCGCCGGAUUUGAUUUUAUUUUAUUUCCACCUGCAUUUUGGUUGCAAUCCAUGGAUUGAUUGAUUAAUGGUUGGUCUCUUGUUCCUCCCA